AUGCAGUCUAUCAUGGCCGCCAUCCCGGCUGUUUUCACCCCUGGCAGGGCAACUAGAAGCUCACCGCGGAAUUCAUUGGGCCCAAAUUCCACUGUUGCAACGCAAGAGUCUCCGCGACUCAAGAAGAAUACGCCAGGUUCGAAUAGGCGCAGGUCGUUCGCCAAGAAACUCACCGACGACCAAGGGACGACUCCGCAGAGUCAGGGCAGGGAUGACAGCAGUUUGCACGCUGUGAGUGAAGAGACAGGGGCAUCGCUGCAGCUGGAACAAGAUGACAUGAUGCCGCUAUCAGCAUCUACCCCUCGCGUGCGACCUAGCCCAGGAAGUGCCACCCGAGGAAGUGCCACCCGCAGCAGCAAAAGGUCGGCAGCCAAAGCCACAGCAAGCCCAUCUGGCACUCCAGCCAAUGCAGUCCGUGCUGGGAGGAUCUCGGAAAUUCUCAAUCGCAAAGAUAUAGGAGUGCCAGACACUGAAGAAGACGCAGGCGGAGAGGAAUACGGUUUCAAGCGUUUCGUUGGGUACCGCUGGGCCGGUAACUCCAUUGAGAUCCAAGUCGAGUGGGAUACAGGUGAGACAACCUGGGAGCCAGAGAUCAACUUGCACGAAGAUGUUCCCGACACCCUCUUUCAGUACUGGCGCGAACAAGGAGGACGGCCAUCAAACCCCGUGGAUCCAGAAAUGUAUGAAGUCUUUGCCAUUCGCAAGCACAACGGCAAUCGCACCAAGCUCAUGGUUGAAUGGGUUGGGUAUGAGCCUUCUGAGGCUACGUGGGUAUCUCGAAAGGGUGUGGAAGAGACGGCGAAGGAUAUUGUGGAUGCGUACUUUGAGAGCGUGAAGACUACAAGAGGAAGAGGGAAGAAAAAGGCGUAA